AUGGCCUAUGCUGUUCUUCAUUCAGUAGCCCAAACAAUAGACCGAAUCCUGAAUCAUGGAGAAUAUUCCCUUUCUGUUGAAGGAAAACAACAGAUUGCUUCGGUACUUGAUGAUGUUAUUUUCUUGCAAGAAAUUCUUGAUAAAUUUCCACGAAAAGCGGAGAACUGGGAAACAAGAAUCAGCGACGCCGCUAAUGAAGCAGAAGAUGUUAUUGAGCGUUUCAUGUACGAGGAUACCCGGUUGCGUUACAAGUCGAUCAGAUCAGCUGCAGCUAGACGACAAGUAGCAGUAAGGCCUACAAAUCAUCUGCACGAUUUUCAUGAGCUCAAAAUGGUGAUGAAGGAGUUCAGCGCAAUAGCUCGAGUUACAAAACGCUUCAGAAAUGUGCGGCUCAAUGAUAUUCCAGCGAUGCAGUCGGCGCCGCCCCCUAGUCCGUCGUCAACGUCGGCCCCCGCUGUAGAUGGUUUCACGGUUGGUCUUGACGAGGAUUUGGAAAAAAUAAAAGAUUUGGUUUGUGGAGAAUCAUCCAAACGCCAGAUAAUCCCAAUCACAGGGAUGGGUGGUAUUGGAAAGACCACAUUAGCCAAGCGUGUUUAUCAUGACCAGUUAAUAAUGGAGGAAUUUGCAGUUCGUGCUUGGGUCACUGUGUCGCAGGAUUACAAGAUCGAAAAUAUUUUUGCAGAUCUUCUAUACUCCUUGCAAAAUAUAGUCGGCGAAGGAACUUGGAGAAGUAGUGACUCAACGGAAGACAAAGUCUACCAAAUAUUGACAGUAAGGAAGUACCUUAUUGUAUUGGAUGAUCUGUGGAGUGAAAAAGCUUGGAACGACAUUAAGAGAGCAUUUCCCGAUACCGGGAAAGGAAGCCGACUCGUGAUAACCACAAGGAUAGAGAGUGUGGCUUCUCAUGUGGAUUCUUCGAGCCCCCUUCACAAGAUGCGUUUCCUCGAUCCGGAUCAGAGCUGGGAUCUCCUCGAGCGAAAGGUGUUUUCGAGCAUAGAUUGUCCAUCUCGUUUGGAGGCCAUCGGAAAGGAUAUUGCAACGAGUUGUGGAGGGCUGCCGCUAGCGAUUGUGCUAGUUGCAGGUAUCUUGUCCACGAUGAGUGAGACACAGUCCUCAUGGGAAGAACUUGCCAGAAAGGUGCAUUCAUCUGUAGACGAAGAAGAAGGGCACUUUGAGAAGAUAAUAUCUUUGAGUUACACCCACUUGCCUCAUUAUUUGAGGCCCUGUUUACUGUACAUGGGAGGCCUUCCAGAAGAUUACACGAUUCGUGUCUCAAAGCUCAUCAAGUUAUGGAUAGCCGAAGGCUUCGUGAAACAAGAAGAGGAGGCUGAAGAGUAUUUGAAGAAUCUUGUGAAGAGAAGUCUGGCCUUGGUCACCACAAUCAAGUCCAACGGCAAAAUCAAAAGUUGCAGCGUCCAUGAUUUGGUACGUGACUUGUGCAAGAGAAAAACUCUAGAUGAGAAUUAUGAGCGUCGUAUGAGUGUUGCUCAUCCUGAUCUAACGUUCCUUGCAAGAGCAUAUGCCUCGACCCUGCGUUCUGUUAUAAGCUUCCAACCUAAUGACAGCUCAUUGGGCGGUCUACGGAAGUUCAGCUUGCUGAGGGUGUUGGAUGUAGUGGAUACUGAUGCCUACUUGCUCCCUGCUCCGAUAUUUGAGCUGUUUCAUUUGAGGUUCCUUGCCUUUGGCUGCCCGAUGGAGAUUCCACCAGCCAUAUCCAGGCUUCAGAAUCUUCGCACUUUAAUCAUCCGCCCCAGCAAGAGAUUAAGGCACUACUCAAGUGAUGAGCUGUAUCUACCACUGGAGAUUUGGAUGAUGCCACUUUUAACAAAUCUUGUUUCCUUCUUUGAUCUUCUACCCAAUCCAGAAGAAGCAGCUUCUGCUCUAGAGAACCUACUUACAUUGUCUGUGGUGAAGAAGUUGAUAUGCACCAAAGAGAUGAUGGAAAAGAUUCCCAAUGUCAAGAAAUUGGGAAUCACUUAUUUUGGAGACAAAUACCAAGAAGAUUAUCAGCUCCACAAUCUUGUUCUUCUACAUCAACUUGAAAAGCUGACAUUAGUUUUGAGAAAAGGUCCUCUUGUUGGGCGAGAAGUCAACCCUGUCUUUCCAGAGACGCUAAGAAAGUUAACCUUGAGUGGGUGGCGAUUUCCUUGGACAUAUAUGGAAGUUGUUGGAUCUCUGCCCAGUCUUCAAAUACUCAAAUUGAGAGAUUUUGCAUGUGAAGGUGAGGUGUGGAAGACUAAUCCACUACAGUUUCCUAGUCUGGAAUUUUUGCACAUUGAUGCUUCUAAUUUGAAGGAGUGGAUUACUGAAAAUAGUCACUUCCCCAAACUCAAGCGCCUAGUACUUUACCGUUGUCCUUCAUUGAGUGAGAUUCCAGAAGCAAUUGGAGAAAUAACAGCACUUGAACUGAUCGAGGUUGAUUAUGCUAACGAAUCUCUUGCGGAGUGUGUCAAACAGAUCCAAGAGGAACAAAAGGGCUACGGAAACUACUCCCUUCAAGUUCGUCGGGUGCAUUAUAAGGUUAGCUUCUCCUAG